AUGAGACAAAGAGAUGAUACCAGAAUUCCAAGUAGCCUUUAUGACCUUCAGGUGGUCUCAGUCAAGACAGCCAAGCAAAGCAGGGAGUACUGGACUGUGAGUGCUUCAAGUAUAAUUAAGUUGGACAAAUCAGUCACAUACUCAUUACGGGAGUUUUGUGAGGUUCAAGCUGAACAGAGUGUAGCUGCCUCGAAACACCUUCAGUCCCUGCGUAACAAAGUCAUUACUCUGAUUCGUGCUACCUGUUUGAAGGCAGCAGAGCUACAGGGUGCUCAAAGGCUCUUCCUUUCUAACUCAAACACUGACAGACGGCCACUUUAUGCCGAACUGGCUGAGUGGCGCGACAUAGGACAUCAGUUUAUCCGCUUUGUUGGUGUAGUGGAUAAGUGGUUUGAGGAGAUGCUUUGUGGCCUUGUGAAAACUGCUGUUCAACAGCUGCUGAUAUUUCUGCAGGCAUCUUACAGCCGCAAUGACAAGCUUGCAGAAAAGAGCAAACAGUUGUCAGGUCCACACAACACAGAUGACAAGAGUUUGACAAGUAUUCAUGAAAAGAAGGAAGUUGCAGAGGAAACCAAGCCAGUGUUUGAAGUUAAUGUCUUGCUGUCAGUAGACCCUCAGAAAUCGACAGACAGUGAUGAUGCAAAACAGACAUCUCUUAAAAAGGAUCCUAGACUCCAUGAUGUAGUCUCACCUCCUGUGUUUGAUCGAAAGCCACUGGUGGAUAAGGUGUAUGUAGUCAAAAGCUGCCAAAAUCCACAGCAAUGGCCAAACCUAAAGCAGUUUCUUGGGACUGAUGAUGCUUUCCAGUCUAACCUUGCCACAAUCCAGAGUAUAGUCUUAGCAGGAACUGGUGGCCUUAGGGUGCACUGUCAGAAAAUGGAGCAUUUCUGUAGUAUGGUGGAGACUGCCAUGUUGACAGACAUUGAUUCAUAUCUCACUGGAGAAAAAUGGACCCCUCAAGAUAUCAAGACUGUUUUGGCUGUGCACACUGAGAGUGUUAGGCUGAUAAACAGGAUGGAGACCGAGGCCCAUGUCAACAUGUUCAUGGUCAGAAGUGGAGAGUAUCAGAGGAAUUGCCUUUACUAUCUACAGCAGCUGCUUUCCACAGUUCACUCCAUGCUCCCGAUGCUUGCUGAGAGGAAGAACCUGGAGCUGAUGGAGGUCAUCAGAAGUGCUCUUAAAAGGCUGGAGAAAGAUAUCAAUACAGUUGAAGAGUUUGUCGAUUAUCUUACCUUUUUGAAUCAAGUUUCUAUCCAAAUCCCUUCCCUGGAGAGGCAGUAUCAGUUCCUCAUACAGUUGUAUUCCAUUGCUAAAGAGUUCCAGGUCUCUCUCUCUCCUGAGGAGUUUGCUUUGUACCAGUAUCUUGUCACCAGCUUUCAGCGACUGAAGUCCACUGUAAUGAUAUGUGAGACUAAAAGGGAUGAUAACAUUUUCAAAUUCAAUGCCGAUCUGGGAAGGCAAUUAAAUCAGCUCUGGAAUCAACUCAGUGUUGUCAAAAUGAAGAUCAACAAUCCCAUUCUUCUGUCCUCCUAUACAUCCUCAGUAGUGGCAAGAGAGGUUCUUCAAGCCCUCUCAGAAGAAGUUGCCGUGUAUUCCAGUAAAGCUCACAGUUACAUCACCUAUGGGGAACUUCUUACUAGCACUUCGUCAGUGAAAAAAACCUUUAAUGUGACAAACACGACCCAGAACCAGGGUUACAUUUCAGAAGCAGUUGAAGCUGAACUGGCAGAUGUGGACUCUGCCCUCAACUUGCGCAAGCUGCUCUGGGAUAUGCAGGAAGACUGGGAUAAACAGUACAGUCAAUGGAGAGACACUAAGUUUGAGAAUCUCAAUGUGGAUGAACUGCAAAAUAAUGUCAAUGAUAUUACUCAGACCAUCUACAUGCUGGAAAAAGGUUUACCUGAAAAUGAUAUAGUUCCUCAUCUGAAGAAAAGCAUUAUGGACUUUAAGUGUUGUUUGCCCAUUAUUGUUGCCCUCCGUAACCCCUGUCUUCGCAAGCGACAUUGGAAAGAUAUACAGAGCAAUUUAGGGCAGAUUUUCACCAAAGAAGACAGCUUUACUCUUGGAAACCUUUUGGAGUUAAAGAUUCUUCAGCGUAGUAAUCUGAUUGUAGACAUUUCCACCAUGGCUACUAAUGAAGCAACAGUGGAAAGUAUUCUGAACAGAGUCAUUGAUUUGUGGAAGAACACAGACUUUCGCCUGAUCGCCCACAAAACAGAGUCAUCCACAGUGAAAAUAAUAGCAUCUGCUGAUGAAGUGAUGGCACAGUUAGAAGAGAGCCAAACUACCAUCCUAAGCAUCAAAUCAUCACGCUAUGCUGAGCCUAUCAAGUAUCUGGUUGAUGAGUGGGAGCGCAAGUUAAACCAGUUUUCUCAUACUAUGGAAGAGUGGGUUAUGUGCCAGAAGAGGUGGCUCUAUUUAGAGCCCAUUCUGUCAGCUGAGGGCAUCCAGAGGCAACUCCCAGCAGAGACUACAUUAUUCCUCCAGGUAGAUCAGACCUGGAAGGAGCUUAUGCAGAGGACUGAGGACAGGCCCAACGCCCUGCGGGCUGCCACUAUUCCUGGGGUCUUAGAGAUGCUGCAGUCAAACAAUGUUCUCUUGGAGAAGAUUCAGAAAUGCCUCGAGGAUUAUCUUGAGUCAAAGCGGAUGGUAUUCCCCAGAUUUUACUUUCUGAGCAAUGAGGAGCUUCUUGAUGUUCUAUCACAGAGUAAAAAUCCCAAUGCCAUACAGCCUCAUCUAGCGAAAUGCUUCAGCAACAUACAUCAUCUGAAUAUUGAGGAGCAAGCCAGACCUUACCCUAUGGUGGUAAAGAUUCAGUCAGGAGAGGGAGAAAUCAUAACCAUGCCAAACAAUAUAGAAAUUCGCGGACCAGUGGAACAGUGGAUGGGAAAUGUAGAAACAGCGAUGUAUAAUGCCAUGAGAAGACACUUGAAAUUUGCAGUCUCAGAAUGGAAUCCCAGAGAUUUCAAGAAGUGGGUCCUUUCUCAUCCUGGUCAGGUUGUCCUCACAGUUACCCAGAUUAUGUUUAGCAAGGACUGCCAGGACUGUCUGUGCAGUGAGGAACAGCUGGAGAGGAUGAGUGUAGUGAGACAGCAGUUGAUUAAAAAUCUGGAGGAACUGACUGAAUUAGUGUCUGAACCUCUGCCUGUUCAUCAGCAAGCUACUGUAGAGGGUCUGCUCACUAUCCUGGUGCACUGCAGAGACGUCCUUAGCCAUCUUAUCAAGCAGAGAGCUGGCAGCAUACAGGAUUUUGAGUGGACAAGACAACUGCGUUAUGAAUGGCAAGAUAGUACUUCCCAGUGCUUUGUGGCCCAUGCUCAAGCAUCCUUUCUGUAUGGAUAUGAAUAUUUGGGGUGCUCCCCUCGCCUGGUUAUAACUCCCCUCACUGACCGCUGCUGGCUCACCCUCACCGUGGCUUUAAGUUUACAUCUGGGAGGAGCACCAGCUGGACCCACUGGGACUGGAAAGACCGAAAGUGUGAAAGACCUGGCCAAGGCUCUUGGAAAAUUUUGUUUAGUUCUGAACUGCUCCCAAAGUUUGGACUACAAGAUGAUGGGAAAGCUGUUCUCUGGCAUGGUCCAGUCAGGAUCUUGGUGCUGCUUUGAUGAGUUCAACUGUAUAAAUGUGGAGGUGCUGUCAGUGACUGCAGCUCAGCUACAGUCAAUCAAGGCGGCCAAACACAGUCACAGUCUGAGGUUUAUGUUUGAGGGAAGAGAUAUUCGGUUGAACUCAUCUUGUGGAUUCUUCAUCACAAUGAAUCCUGGUUGUAAAGGACGAGUGGAUUUACCAGACAACCUGAAAUCACUUUUCCGACCUGUGUCCAUGAUGGUGCCGGAUUUUGAUCUGAUUGCUGAAAUCAUGCUGUUUUCAGAGGGUUUCAAGUCUGCCAAAGCCCUUUCACGAAAAAUUGUCAACCUAUACCAGCUCACUAGCAAACAACUAUCACAGCAGGAUCAUUAUGAUUUUGGCAUGAGGGCCAUAAAGUCAGUUUUGGUCCUUGCUGGUAAAAAGAGGCGAAGGUGAAAGUGUAAAACAUACAUAUCUGUAACACUUUUAUUUCUGAUCUGUUACCUUAUUUUAUUAAGGGAUGAACUGAAUUCAGAAGAAGAAUGCUACAUCCUUAUUUGGGCUCUACAGGAUUCUAACUUACCUAAGCUGGUACCUGAGGAUGUUCCUUUAUUUAAGAGUAUUAUGGAAGAUCUUUUCCCUGCCACCAUUAAGCCUGAAACAGUUCAUCUCAAACUCCAGGCUGCCGUUAAGAAGGCUACAGCUCUUCUUGGACUACAGCAGUGGCCUAGUCAAGCAGAGAAAGUGACCCAACUUUACAGUCAGAUUUUGGCCUGUGUGGGAGUUAUGUUAGUGGGUCCCACAGGGGGAGGAAAGACAACUGUAAGACUGAUGCUGCAGCAUGCUCUUCAUCUUCUGCCAACAAUACGUGAACCAGAGAAAGGAAAAUGGAUGCAGAUGCCUCAGGAAACAGGAACAGUGAAUGUGGAAACUUUCACAAUAAACCCCAAAUGUGUUACUCUCGGUGAACUUUACGGACAAGUAGAUCCCAACACACUGGAGUGGUCAGAUGGGCUUUUGGCCUUUGCAGUCAGGAAGUACACCAAAGAGUUAUUUCAAGUGGAGGGGAGAAUAACUACUGAGAACAGAGGGUCAAUCCCUUCCUCUUCAGAUGUUGUAAUGGAUUCUGCAGUGCGUGUAGAUGAAGUCAACGAAAAGGGUACCGCAAAUGUUUAUCAAGAUGACUUUGCCAUUGAGAACUGGCGCUGGAUAAUUAUGGAUGGACCUGUGGAUGUCCUGUGGGUUGAGAAUUUAAACUCUGUCUUGGAUGACAGUAGGACAUUAUGUCUGGUGAAUGGAGAGAGAAUAAGUCUUCCUACUGGGAUGAGAUUCAUAUUUGAAGUAGAUACACUUUGCCAUGCAACUCCAGCUACAGUCAGUCGCUGUGCCAUGGUGUAUAUGGAUCCUGUUGACCUUGGCUGGAAACCAUAUGUUCAGCGCUGGCUUUCUCAAUUGCCUGAAGAGCUUACUCAGCAGGGUAAAGACUGCCUCCAGCAUCUCUUUGACAGCUCUCUAGAGGAAGGCUUGGCCUUUUUGAGAGAGCACCACAAAAUUCUUGCCUUCCAGAUCUCAGACAUGUCUGUAGUCAUGACUUUGUGCAGCAUCCUUGGGGCUUUCAUCAACUUCAUGCACAAAAAUGGAUGUUUGGCUUUGAAAUCUUUUCACAGAGAGGAACACAAAUGGUUCCUGCAGAAACACCCUGACAAAGUUGCCUCUUUGCUUGGAAGAUUAUUUGUUUAUGCUUACACAUGGGCGGUUGGAGGAGGUUUUAACCAUGUUGAUGAGUGUGACGACUCUUCCUUGUUCCCCAUAAACAAAAACGAACCACUGGUCAAAGUUGCUCAAGAAUUUAAAAGCCUAACCCAAAGGUUAUUCAAGGGAAAUCCACUAUAUGGUGUCAUCCUACCGCCCAGUAAUCGGACGGUCUUCAACUACUUUGUGGAUUUACAGACAGGGCUCUUUGUUCCAUGGAAUGAGCUGGUUCCUUCUCCUGAUAAUCUCGUUUCUAAAGGGAUCCAAGAGGUCAUCAAGGGAAAUGGUGUAGGACUUGGUCAUGAUCCUGUAUGCAGUAUUGAUACUAUUCGAUACUCAUUUUUAAUCAGCUUGCUUCUGCUGAACAACCAGCCUGUCCUUCUCACUGGAGAAUCUGGAGUUGGAAAAACCUUGUUUGUCCAAAGUAUGAUCCGAAAGUUACAUGAAAAUGUAGGGGACCUUGUCAAACCAGGAAGUAUUCUUGGACAAGUUUUCCUACACAACCAAAUGAAGACAGCCAGCUUGUUAGAGGAUGUGGACCUGCUUGGCACAAAUGUAGCCAUAGAUUUUGAUACAGACAAAUCAACUUGUGGUGAUUCAAGCUUAAGUGGCUUGUUGAGGAAUAUGCCAUUUGGCGUGCUGAGCAGAAUGCAUGGGCGAGGCCACAGCUCUGAAUCCUCUGGCAUCCUGACAGGAGUUCUGCAGUGCACUGCUCGGACCAGCACGAGCCAUAUACAAGCUCAACUGCUUAAUUAUCUUACUAAAACUGGGAAGAAUGUUCUUGGUGUACCCAAAAACAAAAAGGUUCUGUUGUUUUUAGAUGAUAUUAAUAUACCAAAGACAGACAGUUAUGGAUCCCAGCCACCUAUGGAGCUGAUUCGCCAGUUCAUAGAGCUUCAGGGAGUGUAUGAUCCAAAGACACUAAACUGGAGGAGCAUUCAGGAUGUAACUCUGUGUGCUGCCUGUGCCCCUCCUGGUGGGGGUCGACAGAUUCUCAGUGCUCGUCUGCUGAGGCACUUUUCUGUUUUAGUACUGCCACACCCGUCCAGUGCCACUAUGCAACACAUUUUCCAGGUGCAGUUGGGACAAUUCUUUGGUCUCAAAGAUUUCUCCAAAGAGGUGUGCAAGUGCAGGGAGGCCUUGGUGUCCGCCUCUAUUGCUGUUUAUAAUGAGAUUUGUCAGAGGAUGCUGCCCACGCCUGCCAAAUAUCACUACACUUUCAACCUCAGAGACCUGUCCAGGGUUAUUCAAGGGCUCAUGCAAGCUCAUGAGUCAGAACUGAAUUCAAAGGAAGCUGUGGCCUAUUUGUUUGCUCAUGAGGCCUCUAGAGUCUUCCAUGAUCGUUUGAUUAAUGAUCAAGACAGAGAAGUCUUUCAUCAGAUUUUGUCAAAUGAACUUCACAGUUUCUUCAAGGUCUCUUGGCCUGCAGAGAGUCUCAUGAAAGAGCCUGUUGCAUUUGGAGACUUCCUUGAUAUGAACAUUGCAGCUGGUUCCAGGAUUUACAAACGCAUUCCAGAUUAUAAGAAAAUACUGGCUGUUUUGGAAGAGUCCCAUGCAAGAAAUUCCAAGAAGAGAUCAUGGAGAGCAUGCACGAAUAAUCAUUUUUUCACCUCAAGUCAACACAUGACUAUAAUAACACUAUCUGUCAAUAUCUAGUACCCUAUGGUCUUCUUCAGAGAAGCUGUGGAACAUAUCAUUCGGGCUGCUCGUGUCUUCAGAUUACAGGGAGCUCAUCUAUUGCUGAUUGGCUUUGAUGGCACACGGAAACUGGAAUGUGUGACUGUAGCCUGCCAAAUCUCAGGCUGCCACCUUUACCAGAUCUCACCAUCUCGCAACUCCAGCUAUGCUGAAUUCAGAGAGGACCUGAAGAGAGUUUUCAAAGAAGCUGGCAUCCAUCACAAAAACACUGUGCUUCUUGUCACCGACUCAGAUGUUGUGAACGAUUCAGUCCUUGAAGAUCUGAGCUGCUUUUUGAAACAUGGCGAUGUCCCAGGUCUUUUUGAUAAAGAUGACAUUGAUGUUAUUGCUGCUGAUCUGAAAUCCUCUGAAGAAUGUGUCAGUGGAAACAAAGAGGAAAUGUACUCUUUCUUUAUAGAGCAAGUGCGUCAGAGACUGCACAUAGUGCUACUUCUAAGCCCUGCAGGCUCAAGUCUACGUCAGUACUGCUGGGACUAUCCGGCCCUGCUCAGUUGCUGUUACAUAGACUGGUACAGUGAAUGGUCUAAAGAGGCUCUACUGCAGGUGGCAAACAGCACAUACAUCAACUCCACAAAUACUGAUUUGCUUGGCCAGAACUUGCAGAAUAAUAUAUCCCAGGGCUGUGUAGAAAUUCAUCAAAGUGCAUCGCACAUGGCCUCCCAGUAUCGGCAGGAAAUGAGACGACCCGGAUAUGUUGUCCCAAGCUCUUUCAUUGAAUAUAUAGACACUUUUGCUAAAAUGUACCAAUCUGAAAGGACGAAGCUGCGCAACAUUAGGGAACGUUUCCUCAAUGGACUGUCUGUACUGUCAGAGGCAACAACACUUGUUACAGUAAUGCAGGAUGAACUUGUUGCACUGGGUCCUCAAAUUGAGCAGAAGUCAAAGGAGGUUGAGAUUUUGAUGAGGAAACUACAAGAAGACUCUGAUGCGGUUGAACAAGUCCGAGCAAUUGUGAAAAUGGAGCAAGAAAUAAUGAGCCAAGAAACCCAGAUAGUCCAUGACUAUGCUGAGGAAGCCACUGCAGAUUUGAACAAAGCAUUACCUCUGUUGGAGGAGGCAGUUUUAGCUUUAGGAGCAGUGGAAAAGAGUGAUAUUUCAGAAAUAAGAGUGUAUACAAAUCCUCCAGACAUGGUUUUGACAGUUAUGUAUGCAGUAUGUAUAUUACUGCAAGAGAAACCCACUUGGAGCACAGCGAAACAGUUACUCGGAGAUCCCGGUUUUCUGAAAAAACUUGUCAGCCUUGACAAGGACAAAUUGCCUGAGAAGGUAUUUGCGAGGCUGCAAAUAUAUACCAAACACCCAGACUUCACUCCUGAAAAAGUGGGUUUGGUGUCUGCUGCCUGUCGCUCUAUGUGCCAGUGGGUCCUGGCUCUGGAGCAUUACCAUAAUGUACAUAAGCUCAUUAAGCCCAAACAAAAGAAAGCUGAGGUUGCACAGGAAGCCCUCGUAAAAGCUAACAGAAAUUUGGAGGCAAAACAGAGAAGGCUAUCAAAGAUUGAGGAGCACCAAAGAACUUUGGAAGAACGCUAUAAUGCCACCUUGGCUGAAAGGAUGGAAUUAGCGGCACGAGAAGACCUAACAACAAAGAGAAUACAAAGAGCUGCCAUUCUCAUAUCAGCUUUGUCCAAUGAAAAGGAUCGCUGGGAGAAGUCAGUAAGUGAUUUGGAUAGUAAACUGCAGCACAUUCUGGGUGACUGUAUGAUUUCAGCUGCUUUUAUUACAUAUUGUGGACCAUGGACUGCAGUUUAUCGUAAAUCCGUAGUACAGAGGUGGCUGGGUCUUUGCCGCAGUAUGGAGAUCCCAGUGUCUCCUGACUACACAUUCACCUCAGUCAUGACUGAGAAAAACCAGGUAAGGCACUGGCAGAACACAGGCCUGCCAUCGGAUCAGAACUCCACAGAGAAUGCCAUCAUUGUGAAGAAUGGACCACACUGGCCUCUUAUGAUUGACCCCCAAGGUCAAGCCACUAAAUGGAUCUGCUGCAUGGAAGGGGUUAAGCUCAAGAAAGUGUUGGCCUCUGAGCCUAACUACAUGAAAACUGUAGAGAGGGCUAUUCGCAUGGGAGAUCCAGUCCUGAUUCAGGAUGUGGCUGAGAGUAUAGAUCCUUGUCUUAAGCCUGUUCUGACGAAGAAUAUCACCGUCCGAGAGGGUCAGUCCCUCAUCAAAAUUGGAGAAACCGAGAUUGAGUAUAAUCCUAACUUCAGGUUGUACCUGGCCACGUCCUUACCCAACCCCCACUUUUUGUCCGUGGUGUGCAUUUCGGUGAAGUUGAUAAACUUUUCAGUCGAGUAUGAGGGCUUGCAGGAGCAGUUGCUCUCCAGUGUAAUGACCCUUCAGCAGCCACAGCUGGAAGAAGAGCACAGCCUGCUCCUCCACACCAUCACUGCUGACCUCUUCAGUCUAUGUGAGCUGGAAGACAGAUCUCUGCAGCUGCUACAGGACAUGCAGGGACAUAUAUUGGAUGACCAAGAUCUUAUAGAUAAUCUAAAGAAAUCCAAGGACAGGGCCAAUGAACUCUCAGUUCGAGUACAGGCAGCUAAAGAUAAGGAUAAGGAACUCGAAGAGGUCCGCAAGAAAUACAUACCCAUUGCAUAUCGAGGAGCUGACCUGUAUUUUGCGCUGGCUGAUCUUAGUCAAAUCAACUACAUGUACCAGUUCUCCCUGGAGUGGUUCCAUGACAUGUGUAUCAAAGCGGUGCAGAUUGCUACACAAGGUGAAGAAAGUGCAUCUCUAGAUGCGGAUAUUUCCGUGCCAGUAACAAGUGCCUCGCAACCAUCAAGCACUAGUACCUUUAGGGUUUCAGACAAGGAUGAUUUCAACUCCUAUCUAAUGAAUGUCAUGGACACAAUCACUGAAAGAAUAUACAAGGAAGCUUCGUUGACGUUAUUUGCAGAUCACCAGUUGUGUUUCUCAUUUUUGAUGUGCUGUAACAUCAUGAAAACCAAUCACAAAGACAAGCUGGUGGGGAGCCAUGAGUCACUGCCAUUAGAGGAGUGGCAGAUCUUUUUACACUGUGCAGUGUUAGCUAGCAUGACAGACACUAACUUGAUGGAGUCCGAGGAAGGUGACCCACUGAGAGAACGACCUGACCAUUUCUCGCUCACAGACAGCAUGUGGGCACAGUGCCGUUACCUCAGCACCCACCUACCAUGCUUCUUCAUGUUAAGCAAAUCCAUGCAAACCAAUCCACAGCAGUGGAAGGCAUUCUACAGAGCUAAGAACCUCUACUCCUUCUUAAGCCAAGCCUACACUGGAGUAUUUAAUAUCUCUACAUCAGGAAACUCAGAAGUAACACCAACUGCAUCCAAACAACAACAGUAUGCUGAACAGGAAAAACAACUGAUCAAAUGUUUCCCUGUCUUCCCUUGGGAGAACCUGUCUGGAUUUCAGAGAAUUAUAUUGAUCAAGAUUCUGAGACCUGAGUGUUUGACCACAGCAGUUAAAGCCUUUGUUACAGAGAAGUUGGGCUCCAAAUACAUUGAGGGAGGAAAGAUUUCUCUGAGAGAGUUGUAUGAACAGCGCAGUUCCAAUGCACCCAUUAUAUUCCUGCUAUCCCGUGGCAUGGAUCCAGCCUCUCACGUUGUGCGCUUAGCACAGGAGUUGCGCGGCAGCAGCUUACAUUUGGACAUGGUGUCUCUGGGGCAGGGCCAAGGACCGCGGGCUGAGGAGCUCAUUCACAAAGCCCAGGUUCUGAAGGGCCGCUGGGUCUUCCUGCAAAACUGUCACCUUGCUGCCUCUUUCAUGCCCCGCCUUCAGGCCAUCGUCAGCUCAUUAAAAUGGAAAGGUACAGACCUAGAUCCACAUUUCCGCCUGUGGCUUUCCUCUAAACCAGAUAUGGUUUUCCCUGCCUCCAUCCUGCAGAGAGGAGUAAAGAUAGCAGUGGAGCCACCUCGUGGUCUAAAGGAGAAGCUGCUCCACACCUUUAGCCCCAGUGGGGAGGUUACCACGAUGACCUUCUGUAGGACGGACUGUGGCCCAGACUGGAAAAGCCUGCUCUUCAGCCUCUGUUUCUUCAACGCUAUUGUUCAGGAGAGGAAGAAAUACGGUGCUCUGGGCUGGAACAUCCCCUACACAUUCACCUCUUCAGAUUUGGAAGUGUCUAUGCUUAAUCAGGAGAUGUUGCUGAAGGCUGCACAAGAUGACAAGAUCCCAUGGCCUGCACUGUGUUACCUCACGGCUGAAGUCAUUUACGGUGGUCGGAUUAUGGACUCCUGGGAUCGACGUUGUCUGCUCACCCUGUUCCAUCGUUGCUACUCUCCCAGUGUGCUGAAGGAAGGCCACAGUUUCUGUCAGGCAGAGGGUUACCCAACAUUUCCGAAAAAUGCUAGCUGGUCUGAGUGCAGAAGCUACAUAGAGAACAUGCCGGAUAAAGACCUAGCUGAGGUGUUUGGCAUUGACAACAAUGCAGAGAUGGUGAUUCAGCAUACUCAGACCCAGCAGCUCCUGCACACAAUAGUGAGCCUGCAGCCUAGAAUUAAUGAGAGCAGCCCUCUCUCCAGAGAGAAAUAUAGUCAGGAUGACGUUGUUGUGAGGAUGGCCACAUACAUUCUGAAGAAACUUCCAGAAACAGUAGAGGCUGACCGAGUGAUGAUGAAAACAGUCCUUCUGCGAGACAUCAUCUCUAAAGUCAUCAUGGAAAAUGGUUUAAGUGUGGAGCAGGGUGCGUCAUCCGCUCUGCUGCUGAUGCUGCGACAGGAAAUCGACCGUUUUAACCAUUUGCUGCGGGUUGUUCGCUCCAGCCUCCUGUCCUUCUGUUUGGCCAUCAAAGGAGAGCUUCUGAUGAAUGAGAGCCUUGAGGAACUUUACACUGCCCUGCUCACCCUGACUGUGCCCAGUGUCUGGAAGCAAUGCUCCUAUUUGUCUUGCAAAUCACUGGGAUCCUGGGUGCUGGAUUUGGAACAGAGAGUUUGUUUUUUUAGAACUUGGGCUUACCAUGUCAAAAGCUGUCUAAUGGAGAGUUGCGGAGGCCAGCAUUCUUUGCAACGGCCGGUAAAGAAUGAUCCCCAGCAUCCUGCUGCUGGCUGGGAGAAGCCUCGUAGCUACUGGCUCUCAGCUUUCUUCUAUCCCCAAGGCUUCCUCACUGCUGUGCUACAGAGCUGUGCCAGGAGGACAAAUGUACCUGUGGAUUCUUUGUCAUUCACCUAUCAUGUGCAGCCUAUGAGGGAGGGCGGGGCUGACUGGAGCAAACAGGAGGACAAAACUAAACCCCUCUUUGAGGGUCCAGCCCCACCAGAUGAAGGUGUGCUGGUAUAUGGACUUUAUCUGGAUGGAGCAAGCUGGGACCCUAAGUCUCACACACUGCAGGAGCUCCUACCCAGUCUCCAGCACUGCCCAAUGCCUGAGAUUCAUUUUCUACCCUGCCAGAUAUCUGACAACGCACCUGACAUAUCUCUAACAUCAGACUGUAAGUUUCAAUAUUAUGAAUGCCCUCUCUAUCGCACCUCAAAGAGAGCUGGUUACCUCUCCUCCUCUGGCGUCUCCACCAACUUCAUCACAGCCAUCUCUCUGCCCACCGCCAUGCCAGCCUCUCACUGGGUGUUAAGGGGCACUGCACUCCUGUGCCAACUGAAUGACUGA